AUGCCCGCAGAAUUGCUAGACUACUCGCUGCCGCACCUCUUCCCCAUCACUGUGCUGGGGCAGGUCAUCUGCUCCCUGGCCCAGGUCUUCAUCCUGGGCAUGCCUUCGCGCAUCGCCUCUGUCUGGUUCGGCUCCCACGAGGUGUCCACUGCCUGCUCCAUCGCUGUCUUUGGGAACCAGCUCGGCAUCGCUGUGGGCUUUCUGGUCCCUCCAGUUCUGGUUCCCAAUGUGGAGGAUGUGGAGAAGCUGGCCUACCACAUCAGCGUCAUGUUCUUCAUGACUGCAGGCGUGGCAACAGCCCUAUUCAUCCUGGUCGUCAUAGUCUUCAAGGAGAAGCCCCCACACCCUCCGAGCCGAGCUCAGGCCUUGAUCCAGUCGAGACCAACAGAGAAGUAUUCCUAUGUGCAAUCAAUCCUCCAUCUGUUCCGCAAUACCAACUUUUUGCUGCUUAUGGUCACUUACGGUCUGAAUACAGUGAUUUCUACUGGGACAUCUGUACCAGGAGGCUGCCCACACUCGUGCUCUGGUGGCAGAAGGGGGGAGGAGGUGAAUGCUGGCAGGAUUGGACUCACCAUUAUACUGUCGGGGAUGGUUGGGGCUCUCAUCUCUGGCAUCUGGUUGGACAGAACCAAAACCUACAAACAGACUACACUAAUUGUCUAUAUCAUGUCUCUGGCGGGAAUGAUAGCCUACACCUUCACUCUGAGCCUAGGCCACCUCUGGGUGGUCUUUGUGACUGCAGGCAUGCUGGGGUUUUUCAUGACAGGAUACCUUCCCCUGGGCUUUGAGUUUGCUGCAGAGUUGACAUACCCAGAAUCAGAAGGAACAUCAUCAGGGCUCCUUAAUGUCUCAGCACAGAUUUUUGGUAUUGCUUUCACCAUCGGCCAGGGGCAAAUCAUGGAUCGCUUUGGGACAAAGGCAGGAAACCUCUUUCUUUGUUCCUUCCUGUUUCUAGGAACUGUUAUGACAGCAUUCAUUAAGGCUGAUCUCCGAAGACAGCAGGCCAAUUUGGAUAAUGAACAGACAAGACUCCAAGGCAGCAAUCAGAUCACGGAUUACAGGACUGUAGCUUGUAACCCUAACCCCGUCAAUUCUCAUUCCUACUCACUAGCUCAUACACAAAGGUAG